AUGGCCAACCUACCUCGCUCGCAACAGGUGCCCCAGCACGUCACCGCGCUCCUCUCCCAUCUCACCUCCCGCCCAGGAGUGCAAUCCACCCUGAUUCUCUCCCGCAAAGACGGCUCUAUCAUCCAGAGGACCGGCCAGCUUGCCCCUCAAGAAACAACCCAGUCACGCUCUGCGCCCAUAACCGCAGCCCCCAGCGAACAAACCACACUCUCGCCCCCUGAAUCAACCCCCACCUCACCCGCCGCCCCGGCUCCAUCAACACACCAAUUCUCCCAGGCAGAGGCAUUAGCCGCGCACAUCUUCGCCUUUGUUUCCAGCGCGUCCGCACUGGGCGUCUCACUCUCCAGACCCAUCACCCAACAAUCCACCGAUAUACCCCCUCCCACUAGCUCUGCCCCGACAGUGGACGGAGGAUACGACGUCUACGGAUCGAAUGGUGCCCGGACCCCGCGCGAGGAGGACCGAGACGGCGAGAGCACAGACCGCGAGGAGGAUGAGGAGGUGAAGCUUCUGCGCAUGCGAACCCGAAAGCAUGAGAUCGUCGUUGUGCCGGAUCGGAAGUAUCUGCUUUGUGUUGUACACGAUGCUUCGCAUGCAAGCGGGGGACCUGGAGCUCGGGGGCCUCGUUCUUCGAGGUAA